UAAAUACAUGAUGUGUGACUCUGGCUUAUUUGGGUCGUAGUCUGGUAGGCCCAGAUUGUUUGCCUUUGCAUGGCGCUUUACACCUACGCUAGAAUGCCGCCUCGUUUAGCCCUUUCAAAGAAUAAGUGCCUGUCGAUAUUUGUUAAUAGUUCCAACUCGAUGCCGGAGUCCUUUGGCAAUGCAUCCCACGAUAAACCCGGUGACGUGUAAUAGUUAGCCGGGUCAAGGCCGUAGGUCUGUUUACAGACUGUGCGGAAGUUCUCAAAUACACCCGCUAGCAACAAAACGUCUGUUUCCGCGUAUAUGUCGUGGUUGUCGCCUAGGUGUUUACAGUUAAACGUGUGCCAUACUGUUUGUGCUCGGGCAUGUUCUCUCUCGGUCACGGUGGACUGCUUCAGAGAUCUAUAAAAGACGUCUCUUCGCGCUAGGCUCGUCUCCUGGAAUCGGUCAAAGGAGUCGAUAUAUUCGUAAGGAGUAGCACCUCAACAAGCAAAAUCAAAGAGACAUUAGCACAAUGUAGCUUUAAGCUGAGGCGCCCGUCCAUCAUUAGUUGGUGCGGUGUUAUUUAUACGGGCGGGUAACACACUUCGGAAGGCAAAUCAUUACGAUGGGAGUCCGGUGUGGGAACGCAAGCUGGUAUGCCGUCCUCUGUGUCCAUUUCGACUGGCUGCUAUGGGCAGGACUCCUAAAAGGUCUAGGGGUACUGCUGCCGACGCUUCAAGAGCAAUUCACGGCAGAGGCAUGGAUGAUUGGUGGAUUGAUAGCGACUGUUACUGGAGUUGGCAGUGUCGCAGGUCCGUUUUCCAGGCCUUUGGAGGCAAUGUUUGGUACCCGUAUCGUUGUCACAGUCAGCGGAUUGCUCCUAGGGGCGUCUGUCAUCGUCUCGUCCUUCACAUUUACUGCAAUCCAGAUGACACUUGCCUUAGCCUUAAUCGCUGGGCCUUGUUUGAUGAUCUCGAAUAUUUUGUCAAGAGCCAUGAUGGGUCGACAUUUCACCACAAACUACGCGACAGUGAAUGGCGUUGCGACUGCAGGAUACUCCGUGGGCCUAAUCUUCAUUGGCCCGUUGACUCAAUUGCUUUUAGACACCUACGGCUGGCGAGGUGCCUUGCUACUUCUUGGGGCUCUCAGCAUGCAUCUUGGUGUGUGUGGCUUCCUGCUGAGAUCACCAUCACCACCUGCAGAGGUGCGGCACGACUACCUACCGAUCAGCUCCAGCGUAGAGGAACCAUCAGAUGAAGAGUCAAAAAGCCCUAAUCCUCGGAGGAAAUCCCGACUCCGCGUCCUGAUGGACGCCAUAAAGGUUCAGGGGAAUCUUUUUGGCUGUGGGGUUUGCGGCCGCCUCGCAUUCUGGACAGCGACGCUCGUUUACGCUGAAUUCCAGAUCGUGAGCAGUCUGUGGUUGAUAUACUUUGUCGCUUACGCUGAAUCGAAAGGUUUCUCUGGGUACGAGGCUGUGACUUUCAUCACGGCCGGGGGGAUAGGCAACCUGAUUUUCAAGAUCCUUGCAGGAUUGGUGGUAGACCGAGGUUGGCUGAAGCUGCGAUUGGCCUUGCUAAUUUCAAUCUUGAUAAGUGGCUUCACUCAAUUUACACUUCCCUGGCUGAACUCUUAUUGGUUGAUAAUGGCCAACGCCCUCAUUUUCAACGGCUUCGUUGGAGCAGAGGCAUCAUUGACUGACAUUUACACUCGGGAGCUACUUGGAGCUGAAGACCUAGUGUCCACUUUCAGUUGGAUGGACCUGGUGACGGCCAUCAUUCAAAUCGCUUGCGGAUUCUUCCCUGGUUGGAUAUUUGACCAGACUGGAAGCUACGACAAGGCAUUUGUCAUUUUUGGAUUCAUCUCUCUUCUGCCGUUGGGGUCGCUGUUCAUGGAAAAGCUACGCAUACAAUGAAAAGCAUGUCCACUGCCUCGUCCUUAUAGGUUACUGUACUUUUGAUUUCGUUCAAAUAUCAACCCUGGAUGCGCAGCUGUCUUUUUGUGCAAUGAUUGAACUCUGAACAAACAAGACAUUGAUUUGAGCUUUAAUGCAUAAAUGCAAUUUCACCUCCAACCUGACUGGGGGAAAUUUGAUACUGCAAAUCAUCUGGAUAAGAGGUUAACAUUUUAUUCUUUCGUUUAAAUGCGGUGUUUUUUAUUUUAAAAAUCGCCGAAUCCACUCUGCAUAAAGGCAUCACAAACAAAAGUAAACGUUAAUUAGCCAAACAACUGCUACUGACUGCUCCUCAUUGAGGUAUUAGUAUUAUUAUCAUUAUUAUUGUUGUUGUUGUUGUUGUUAUUGUUGUUUAAUUGUUGGUGGUGGUGGUGGUGGUGGUGGUGGUGUUGAUGGUGGUGGUGCCGUAGUUGCAGUUUUUCUUGAUGUUGUUCUUGUUGUUGUUCUUCUUCUUGUUAAAUUAUUGCUGUUCUUGUUCUUGUCGUGUUGAGCGGCCCUAGGCACUGUAAAUAAGCUCGCAAGCGUUUUACAGACCUUUAGAGAUGAGACAAUGAGAAUCAUUUACAGUUUUAGAGGUCUAGGCGGGAGGAAAACCUCAGGAAUAUGGUGACCUUACAGUCACCUUAGCUCCAUAUCACGCAGAUUUAAUAUUUGUCCACGACGUGAAGAUGGUCCCAGAGCAAUAUCGUCAGAAUGACAUCAUCAGGUGUCACGUGACAUAUGAGGCUCAAAUGUACACAUGAGUGGACAAGACACCUCUGUUAUGUUGGCAAAAUGACAGAUGAGCUCUCCUCCCCCUUUUAGACUUUCACCAUAGGCUUUGUACACGUCUUCUUGUCACCCUCGACUCUGGUAGUUUUAUACAUCUUGGUGUAUUUCAGACUUGGCUGACCUUUACACAAUCAUCCAACGGUGAAUAUUCCACCAAGUGGUUCGAUCUCUUUCACGAGAAGCGGGCGGCUACAUUCAGAGCUGAGCGCCUAUAGUUUUACUACUAAUUUGGGGGGUGUCUUCGGAAAAAGGAAAAAAAAUCGCGGAGCUAAUCGGGAUAUAAAUGAAACGGAAAGUAAACUUCUGGUCAUAAUCUUGAAUUUCCAGUGAAAAACCGGAGGCCAACCUCUUUCCGAGACUCACAUUUCGGCCAAGGUUUGUGUGGCAGAGCCAGAAAUGUUUAUGUUAUUAAGUACACCUUUUUACAUAGAAGUAGUUCCCCUUUAAAAAUUUUAACUUUAGUUUAGAGUUCUUGAUUUUUUUUUCUAGUAGUGUGCACCCCUGUUAACUUGUUUAAGCCCUAGCUUCCCCCAUAUAGAGUUACCACAUGGUCUGGUCACACUCAGUGUAGCAGAUCAGCAGAGACCAGUCACCUUCACAUGUACCUAUGUAUUGU